UAAGCAAGUCACCUCAAGACGACUUUCUUAAACCUUCUUGCAGUUGGAUUGCGGUGCACCAAAGCAACGGGAGGAUGAAUCUUUACCGAAGUUUUGGGAACCGAUUGGAGGCCUGGGUUGCUGAGCAAGAACCAGACACGGAGCUGCUGGAAGAUAUUCCGAAUGAUUCCCUCACAUGUUCUUCACCUUCUUCUUCGGGCAUGGAGAGAAAUGUGCGAGCGGAAUCGGUGGAUUCUGGAGUGGAGACAGCCAGCACUGACACUUUUUGUCUCACCUCGUCAUUGUCCACAGAAAUGGCAGAGAUGGACUCUUUUGCAUCAGGGAAUGACAACUUUGGUCCGUUCUUAUCACUCGGAUCUGCUUCGUUGCCUCCUUGUCCGCCACCGGCUGCUAUCUCCCGGCCGCCACGUCUCAGCAGAAUUCAGGGAUCUGUCACCUUUAAUCCAAAAUUGAAACAAGCCCUCCAGAGAACCGAGUCCCGGCGGUCAUCUGAGUCACACACAGAUGAUCGACGUCUUCAUGCAGUCUCUCGAUACAGAAAUCCCUUGCUGAGGUCUGAGAGUUUUGGCACAUGUGAGACCCUCAGACCAUCAAGUUCACUCAGGCAGAUAUUAGACAUCAAAAAAGAAACUCUGCCUUCCAGAAGCAGGAUGCAGCCAAUGCAGGAUCGUGCUGAGGCGUUUGUGGCUCUGAGUCCCGGACUCAGGUACUUGGAGGAAGUGUGCAAAAAGUGGGAGGACAUCGCCAAACAGCAGCUUGUCAAAGAUGGCUACCAUGUGGACAUGGCUCAGGAUUUUGGCAGCGAUCAUUCAUUAGACCAGCCUUUAUAUUUCCAUGGUGCCAGGCCCGAGCAGCCUUCCAACAAGGACCAAGAGCUCAAAGACUUUCUUGAUGGACAUUUUCGGCAGAGGUCAUCCUCAGACACAACCAUAUCAUCAAGUCACAUACGAAAGUUAAACCUGGGCUCCAGAGGGCAGCAAGUGAGCACAUUGAAUCUGCUGGACAAGGAACUUCAGGGUGACCUAACAUAUAGACCCAACAAGCACCGGAAAUUCAAGUUCCUGUCACUGACGAGAGGCAGAUCCAGUCAUCAAAAUAGCCAACUGAUGCAAUCUUCUCAAAGCAAUGGUGGUCGACGACAACUAGGCAACCUGCUCAGAAAGAGACGGCAAACUCUUCCCAUUUCUUCCGCACAUUAACAUGAGACAGGAAAUUGAAUUAUUAUUUUACCUGUAGACCUCUGAAGAUAAUGUAAGUUAUUAUAAAUAUACAAAUUUGUGAAUAUUUUGCAUCUUUGUACUUUUCACUCCCAAAAUUGAUUUACUGUGUAAAUACUUGUAGAACAUGCAAUACUUACACAUUAUACUGUAUAUAGUGGUUUCUUUUUAUGUGUAUGUAUAAUAUUUAAAACUCACAGCACAGUCCUGCUAUAUGAUAUCUUCUCUACAUUAUAUCAACGUUGAGACUGGUGCCACUGAUUGUCUCAAAAUUUUUGUUUAUAUGGGCUUUUCCCUUAAAUAUGAUACUAAUAAUUGUAAACUAA